GGGUGGCCGUCGGGAAGGCAGGGAUAGGAGGAAGACGCGGGGGGAGAACCCAAGCACCCUGUGACGGUUAUUAGUGGUAGUCAUUGUAAGCCAGGGCUUCCCUCCGUUUCUCGGCGUACAGCGCUCUUCCCUCGCUCGUUCGCUUGCCUGCUUGCCUCCCGCUCUUGGCUCUCUCUCUUGGCUGGGCCAUGAUGUUCCCAAGCCUGCUGGCGCCUCCCGCCGUGUACCCGAGUCUCUUGCGACCGACCCCGACUCUCACGUUGCCUCAGACGCUGCAGUCCGCCUUCUCCGGCCCCUCCGGUUUCUUGGUAGAAGAUCUCCUGAGGAUCGGCCGGCCGACAGGUUACCCACCGCGAGGAAGCGCCUCGACGCCCAGCUUGUCUCCCCCAGUGGCCGGUGUCGGGGCAGCCAGGACCGAAGCUGCGAGCUCAGCCGAGCUGGCGACUGUCGAUCCCUCCGGCGCCAAGACCGGCUGCUCCGCCCGCUCGUCGAUCUCUUCCAGCGGGGACGCCACUUUCCUGAAGUUCGGAGUCAACGCCAUCCUGUCUUCCCCUCCGCGGACAGAGGCUUCGCCUGCGCUGAUCCAGAACGUCCCCGUCAAGACCUUCUCCUUCCCUUACUUCGAAGGCUCCUUCCAACCUUUUAUUCGGUCGUCUUAUUUUCCAGCCUCCUCUGUGGUGCCUAUCCCUGGGACAUUCUCUUGGCCCCUGGCUGCUCGAGGGAAACCUCGCCGAGGGAUGCUCCGUAGGGCAGUUUUCUCAGACGUACAACGAAAAGCCCUGGAGAAAAUGUUUCAGAAACAGAAAUACAUCAGCAAACCAGAUAGGAAAAAACUGGCAGCUAAGCUGGGCCUGAAAGAUUCCCAGGUAAAGAUCUGGUUCCAAAACAGAAGAAUGAAGUGGAGAAACUCCAAAGAGAGAGAACUCCUGUCAUCUGGUGGCUGCCGGGAACAAACCUUACCCACAAAGUUCAACCCUCACCCAGACCUCAGUGACGUGGGCAAGAAGGGCAUUGGAGAGGAAGAGGAGGAAGUUGCAGCAGUUCUCCCAUUGUACCCAGUGAGCCCAAGACAUUCUUUAGCCUACCACCCGUCCACAGAUCACACACAUCAGAGAGACAGGUUAGAUUCCCAGAUGCUCCCCUCCCCCACACAUUCCAGCAGUCCCAGUAAACCAUCAGACUUUUCAGACUCGGAAGAAGAGGAGGAGGAGGAAGGGGAGGAGGAGGAAGAUGAGGAGAUCACAGUUUCAUAGAGACCUUUUCUUUAUGAAAAAAAAGAGGACAUUGAGGGGUUGUACAUAAAUUAAGGGCUAUUUGAUUGAAGAGGUAAUGCCUUUCCACAUCCAUGCAUUUCAUGCGGAAAAUGCAAUGGUCACCAUUCAUCUACCCGACUUCUGCAUGCCAUAUGCUAAAGCUAUCCAAGAUGUGAAGCCUUAGCUGUUAUAAUCUGUU